AACAUUGUUUGUAUCAGUUUCUUUAUCUUCAUCUCUCUCUCUCUAGAUAACAUUACCUAUGACGAACAUUCGUGCGUUACCAUGGAUACCAUCAACAGAUCGGGAUUGUUGUCAUUACAGAGGAUAAAAGAAGCUUCAUUAGCCUUGACAAACCAAUUACCAAAAAGAUCUGCAAUGUCAGCGCCCUCUGGAGUGAAUGGAAUGCUACAGAACGGAGUAUUAGCACACAGCCGAACGUCACAUUCAACAGUGACACCUAUACAGGUGUCUGUUUCAUCGUUACUAGGUCCAGCGUCAAUGAUGAAUAGUCCUAGCUUUGUGAAUGGGGCCUCGCCGAUAUCAUGUUCAGACAUGUAUUCAGAAAGUCUCCGUAGGCGAAAAGUUCACAAAUGUGACUUUGAUGGAUGUGAGAAAGUCUAUACAAAAAGUUCACACCUGAAGGCGCACAAGAGAACACAUACAGGUAGAAGUGUAGUUCGU